GGAACAUUUGCUAUAUCUCCAAUUAUACUUUCUCCUCUCUCUAUCUUCUAUCCUUCCCCUUUCAUUCUACUCCUCUUCUAGUCCGAGAAGACUUAUGGCUAGCAAAGCUCAUGAGUCAGGUUCGAGGCACCACGAGAGUCGACGUUCCUCUACUGAUUCCAGAUACCACGAGAGACAACCUGCAUCAAAAUCUAGUCAUUCAAAGCAUCAUGAUAGUCAACAUUCCUCAAGAUCUGAUAGUUCGAGGCACCAUGUGACUCAACAUUCUUCAAGAUCUAAUGGUUCAAAGCAUCAUGAGAGUCAACAUUCAUCAAGAUCUAGUGCUUCCAGGUAUCAUGAAAGUCAACAUUCAUCAAGACUUGGUGGUUCAAAGCACUAUGAGAGUCAACAUUCAUCAAGACCUGAUAGUUCGAGACAUCAUGAGAGUCAAUAUUCAAGUCAACAUUCAUCGAGAGCAGGUGGUUCCAGAUACCAUGAGAGUCAAUAUUCAUCCAUGAGGCAUCAUCAGGAGGGUCAAUAUAGUUCAAGACAUCAUGAAAAUCAAAAUUCAUCAAGACUUAGUAGUUCAAAGCAACAUCAAAAUCCGCAAUCGUCCUCGUUAAGUCGGCUUCCAAUCCUUCCAUCCUCUUUUAGAUCAUACAGUUCAGUGCUACAAGGGAGCCAAAGCUCAUCCUCUUCUAUAAAAAAAGACACGGGAAUUAAGAAGAACCAGAUUGUUCUUCCCGACCGUUUCCAUGAACAUGCUUUAACGAUGAUGUCAGCCGCCAGAGAACCAUAUAGAUGCAGUGGAUGUAAGGAACAAGGGUUUGGACGAAGUUACCGAUGUGAAAACAAAGGUUGCAGGUAUGUCCUCCAUGAAGAAUGUGCAAACGCUGUUGUUCACCGUAAAAACCACGUAAGUCAUUCAUUUUUCGAAGGACAAGAAUUCUGGUUCCUAGAGAAACCCCUUGGGUAUCCUAGAGUUUGUGAUGCUUGUAGAAUGGACGUGCGAGGCUUUGUGUAUCAUCGCAAAGCUACAAAAGAUGUCUACGACACAGGCUUGGAUUUGCAUCCAUGUUGUUUGAAGCUAAGAGACAAGAUUUCUUAUAAAGAUUCAGGUGCAACAAAGACACUCACAUUGCAACGAGAUGUUCCGAAAAAGUGUGUUCAAUGUAAGCGUCAAAAAGUUGGGGAUGAUAUCAAAGUUAAAGGGUGGUCAUAUUUAACUUCCGAUGGAGAUUGCUUUCAUGUUUCUUGUUUUAAGGAAUUGUUUCUUGAGAAAAUCAGAGAUGAUUAUUUCUCGGAAAAGAAGAUUGUGGUGUCAAAGAUGCAGACCAACAUUGUUGAGAAUAAUACGAAAUUUGUCAAAGUUGGAGGAGGAUCAUCAAAUAAUUCAAAAGGAUCUUCACUAGCUAAGAUAGUAGUGGUAAAGAUAGCACCAGUGGUACUAAAGCUAAUAUUUUCAGCUAUUUUUGGAGAUCCUGUUUCUUUUGUUCUUGCUCUAGUGGAAGCCCUAGUUACUUCUUUUAAUUAAUUUCAUUAUACUCUUCUUUUUCUACCAGGGUGUUCACUU